CGAAUUGCAACUAUUUCAGACCUUUCCCCUAUUUUAUGUGCAACUUGAAACCCUAUUUUGCGUGAGGGAGACCAGAGAAGGCAAACAAGCGGCGGUGGUGGCUACAAAGAUACCGGAGAGGAUUGCCAUGGAAGGAUGAUGCCUUUUGUAGUGUUUUUAUGAGGAACAAGUCUGGGGUUGGGCGAAGGGUACGUUCAUCUUGAAACCUGGUAGGAUUAUUUUCUCUUGCAGUCCAUAUGGCUCGCCAGGACAACCCCUUCACUCUUCUCGAUGAUGAUGACGAAGGAGACGACGUUUCAGUUCUCCUCGCCAAGGUGGAGGCCAAGACGCCGGCUCCUGCUCCGCUGCCCUCCGCAACUGAGCAGACAAAGCCGAAGAGAGAACCCAAUGGCUUUCCUUCGAAGCUUCUUGCGCCCAGCGAGUUCGUGAGGGGAGAGGGAGGCCGGGGGAGGGGUGGCCGGGGCCGGGGUCUCGUAAGGGGUGGAUUUGGUAAUGUUGGUGGCAGCGAUGCUGCUGAUCAGCUAGAGCAUUUGUAUAGAGGUUACAGUGGUGAAUCUGGUGGUGAGCGCAUUCGCGGGCGUGGUGCUAGAGGUGGAAUAGGCCGUGGAAGGGGGAGAGGUUUUACAGCACUUGGUAACAGGAACCGGAUGGAGUAUGGGAAUGCGGGAGAUGGUAGAGAGGAGGAAGGCGAGUUCCAGGAAAAGGGCUAUUAUGGUGAGAGUCGACCGCCCAGAUACGACGGUAGAAAGUUUGGAGGGGAGAAUCAGGGACCAGAUGGCGAGGAGGGAGAGAACCGUGGGUUUAGGGGAUAUGGCGCGGAUCGUGAGAACCGUGGGUUGAGGGAACAUGUAUCUGGUAUGGAGAAGCGGGAGUUUCGGGAUGGUGAGGGCAACCAGAGAAAGAGGGAGUUUAAGGAUGGAGAAAGCUACGAGAGGAGUUAUGUGGGUGAUGGGGAAAAUCGUGGAUUCACAGAGGGUCGAGGAAGAGGAUAUGGUGGAAGGGGCCGGAGGGGCGGCCGUGAUGGUGGACGAGCUUUUGGCAGAUAUGAUUCUAAUAAUGGAUGGAAUGCAUCUGAGACCAAGAAAGCUUCUGCUGAUGAGAAAGAGCUGACUGUCAACAAUCCAAACAAUGGAGAUGGUGGCUCGGAGCGGGAUGACCCUAGUACUACCGAAGAGCCCAAGGAUGCACAAUCUGAAAAGCCAAUCCCUGAAAAAAUUGCUUCAGAAGAUGCUUCUAAGGUUCCUGAAGACAACCAUGAAAUGACUCUUGCUGAGUAUGAAAAAGUUUUGCAAGAAAAGAGAAAGCCUUUGGAAUCUCUUAAGGUGGAGACGAGGAAAGUUGUUGUUGACAAGGAUUUCGAGGGAAUGCAAAUCAUUGAGAAAAAGAAAGAGGUUGAUUUUGCAAAAGUGAAAUUAGACAAUGACAAGGGCAAGAAAAAGGAUAUCUCUGAAAGGGAAGAGAAAUCUCGCAAGUCACAGAGCAUUAAUGAGUUUCUGAAGCCUGCUGAUGGCGAGAGGUAUAACUUGAGGGGUGGAGCUGCUGCUUCUCGCGGGCACGGUGGAAGAGGCCGCGGGCGAGGUGGAUACAUAAGCGAUUAUCCAAGGCAGGCUACCGCCUCUGUCGCUGCUCCUUCUCUCGAGGAUCCCGCUCAUUUCCCCAUUCUCGGGGCAGCUGCCAAAGCCUAACCUUACUGAACUUUGCCCCUCAAACUCUUCUUCCCCCUAUUUUUGUGCUACCGUUAUGGAUUUUGCUGCAAUUGUCUUUUUUUUCCCCUGUUUUGUUUGCUUUUUAUUCUCCAAAAGAAAAAAAAAAGAAGAGGCUGAAACUCAUAAGCAUAAUGACUU